AAUCGGUCCAGCACUACGAGUAGCUUCAAAAAUAACCUCAAAUUGCCCACAAAAAAAAAUAUAAAUCAGUUUCAAGCUUUUGAGCGUUUUCAAACAAUUUUUAGUACGCGAAUAGAAUACACGCACGCCCGACCCACUGUCAAAACAAACCAGUGCUUUUGCCAUGUAAACAUGAACGAACACAAGAUUAUACUUCUUGUUGUCUGCAUGGCGAUUUACUGCUUGUAUAGUCUUAAGAUAUGGCUGAAAAUGAAAGACGAUGUAGAAGACACUGAUAGAAAAAUAUCAGACACAGUUCCGCCCGUGGUAGAACAAAAAGUAAUACCGAAACACGUUGAAAUAAAUGAAAAACCAGUGAAAAGAAAAAUUAAUAGUGACAUUCCGCUGUUCAUAAACAAUGGUUGUAGCGUAUUAGAAGUGUUUACCAAAAAACCCGAUACUAAACUCAAACUCAAGCAGAAUAAACUUCAAGAUAUGGAAGGUAAUAAUGGCAAUGCUAUAACAGUGAUAGGAAUAACAGUAUUUCUAGUGAUAUUAGUGUUGAGUGCAUUCAUGGAUGUACUGAAAGUGAAAGAAGAAGAAAGAGCAAUGCUCAAAUUAAAUCCAAACGGUGAAAGGAGACAAUCUUUGGCAGAAUUUGCCAACAAGAAAUCUUUACGUAGAGAAUCUAGCAAAUUUGGUCUUCAACUAUUUCAAAUUGCCGAAUCUUUUGUCAAUGGCGAAGAUGAAAACAAAACUCGUAGAGAAUCUAGACCUUAUACGAGAGGAGAAUCGACAACAUCAUAUUUUAGUGAAAAGAAAAUUCAAUCUGAGAAUUCUGCACCAGCUUCAAUUGGAGAAACUGCUUCAGAACCUAAACUAAUCAAGAGGCAGUCGGCUGCAAAACUUAUUGGUCUGUCUGACGACUGAAAAAGCAUUUCAGGAGCUCGCCCGGUCCCGAUGGUACGGCGGUCAUCAUUCCCCGCGCUACCCCUCAACCCAGAAGUCCAAGCUCUAAUGCUGGGGAACCGACAACCUUCGUUUGACAGCGACGAUGAAGACGGAAAGGGCCGACGCGUUAGGAUAAUCAGAAGAUAUUAAAUUCUUAGAUUCUUAGAAGAAGUAUUUGUGACACGAUCAUGGCUUUACUCCCAGAUUUUUAAAAAAAGUAGAGUACAAACUCAACUUGAUCUGUGCGGGACGUUUGGGAGGAAAUUAGGGAAACACUCUGUACCAUUUUGUUACAGAGUGUUACACCAAAUAAAGUUUGAAUAAACACAUACACUCAUCUCAGAGUAAUCAUAUCACGACCACUCUUGCAAUGUGCACUCUUGAUGUCCGACUAUGAAGAAAAUAUAAUGUGUUUAAAUAAUACUUUUGAAUUUGAAACCUGAAAAUCCAUUUAAGCCAUAUAACAAUUUACAAACAUUAGUCACACUUGAUUCACAAACUAUUGAUUUUUAGGCGAUUCGAUUAGGAAAGGAAAUCUCAAUUCUCAAUAACACUUCGUUUUUUGAUUUUCUUUUUCGCUUACCGAUUGUCUGGAAGAGAUCUCUUCAUGAGAGUUCGCCGUUGCCCUUUGGUUACUUUCCAAUUUCUAUACUUUUUUAUUUUAUUUUAUUAUGUACAAUAAAUUAAGCACCACUUUUUUGGUCUACGAAUUUUGUAAAAUAUAACUUGAGUCCAAUGACCGAUCUCAAAUAGUAGAUAUAGAAAUAAUACAUCUGUCCCUGUCGCUUUAAUUUUGAAUGAAUCGGUUCAUCUUGUUGUCAAAGGACUGAAUUUAUAUAUUACAAACUAUAGUAUAAAAAUGGUUAUUAUUUCAACUAAUUUAUUUUUAGUCUUCGGCCACUGUAGAAUAGAUUUACAAGAAAUCUUAAUUCUAGUUCAGUUAAUAAGCAACUUGUUAAACUGAUAGAAAUCACAAUUUUGUUAAUAAAAAUAUUUUACGAGUAGGUAGAGUAUAUCAAGAGUACGUGAGGUAAACUGCAGCUAAUUCCUUUCAUUAUGAAAAACUUUGUAAAUGUCUUCCCUUUUUUUUAGUUUUUAAAUCGAAGUCUGUUUAUUGACCAAUUAUUUCAAAUAUCGUUUGUUGUUUUUGCAUAUUUUGUCUAGUUUUAAUGAUAUUGAUGUAGAAUAAGUAAAAUUUGAUCUCCUUUACAUAUUUACCAAUAAUAUACGAUGCUGCUGAGGUAUGGUAGGAAUAUUAUGUAAUCCUAUAUACAAAAUAGAAACAAUUUUACAUUAUAAAUAUACCAUUUAAAUGGUCUAGUAAUUUACGAAAGUCUGAUCCUAAUCUAUGUACUGAUUUUGUGUGAUAAUUAUGUACCACCUAAUCUUUUGUCUUGUACUCUUUGUAAACCACUUUAACUUUGUAAAAUUUAAUUUAAAUGUUCCUUAAUAAAGGUAACUACUUUACCUUA